AUGAUGUGCUACCACCAAAUUCCUGAGAGGCCCCCACGGCCCCCUCCUCCCUCACUGGAGAAGCUGUACGGGCUGGGGCUGGUGGGCAGCCGGCGGUCGCUGGCCGACUGCGAGAGCCUCUCGGCCGCCGCCUUCUGCCGCCGGCGCCUGCCCUGCCUGCUGCUGAAGCUGCGCAUGGCCCAGAACCUGCGCCACGCCGUCACCUUCGUGGAGCAGGGACACGUCCGCGUGGGGCCCGAGGUGGUGACCGACCCCGCGCUCCUCAUCCCCCGCGCCGUGGAGGAUUUCAUCACCUGGGUGGACGCCUCUCGCCUCCGGCAGAAGGUCCUCGACUACAACCAGGAGCGCGACGACUUCGACCUGGCCGCCUAGGGACGUGCAGCCCCGCGGGACACGCGUGGGAACAGACACGCACGCGUACAACCGCCAUCGGGUAUCCACACCCCGUAACACACCUGCACGGGGAACAAGGAGGAAUCCUACUCCCUUCUAGUGACGCCUUGCUCUGCUCCUCGCUCCCCUUCACAGCGAACGGCUCCAUUCAUCCACGCGGAGAAACUUCCCCUCCACUUCCAUCGCUCAGAGGAAACGUCCCAUUGCCCAGCAACAUCGUCCUUGCAUCCAGUAAAGCAAAAGUGCUUGGAAGGGUCUCUGCCUGAUCGCAGGAGAGGUGUGGUCAGGUUUAUGUACUUGGCUGCUAAUAAUAGCUGCUGGAAGGGGUUUUAAGCCUGGCCGAGUGGCUUAAAUCUCAGGUUUAGCUUCGGUGCUGCCUUUCUGAGAGGUUGUCCCAAAAGACUGCUGGUUCCUCCUUCGGCUGAUGGGUGUGCAGUAACCAGAGGAGCUGCUUUGGAAGAGUUUUCUCUUGAUACCAAGAAAACUGUAUAUGGGGGAAAUGUGGAGGUUGUUCAGGGUCAGCAGGAAACAAGGAGGCCAAGUACUGCAUUUCUGGAGCAAUAAAAGUUUUAGCCAAAAAUGGAAUUAAGAAGAAAAAAAAAAAACCAACGAACAGCCAACUCUUAUUUUCAUGUGAAGUCAUAAAGGGAAGUUUGAUACUCUUGAGUUCAGCAUCUUCUCUGUGUGGGGUUCCAGCUGACAAUGAGGCAUUAUUUAUGGAGCAGGGGAGGAGUUGGAGCAAAAGCUGUCCUAAUCAUAACAGCAAAUAUGGGGGGAACUUCUGCAUUUAGCACAUAAGCCAAACAAAAAUUGAUACCUGAGGGAACCUCAGGCUUUCUGGGGCUGUUGGGGACUUUAUUCCUCUUUUGAAAUAAAAAGCAGAAAAGCAACAAUAAAAACAGUUGUUUUCCUGAAGAAAUGUUUGUGUUAUUUUAUGAUGUAGUUUCUCUGAGAGUUUCUUCUGGUUUUUAAAUAUCCCAGUAAGCCCUGUUUGUCAUCUUGCAGAUUUUCUUUAAAUGUAACUUCUUUUAUGUAACUUUCUUUUUAUUACUACAAGGCUAUACUGAGCUAUAAAGUCCUUAUUGCUAGAAAUGCUUUCUUUCCUUUACCCAGGGCUAUGAAAGGAUUUGGCAGUAGGUUUAAGAGUGGAUCUGUGACUGCCUGUCGAAAGUCCAAAGGCUGGGGUUCAGCUGCAGCCACUGCUUGGGGUCUGGAAGCUUUGGUGAGGCUUUUCUGCAUGGGAAAGUUAUUUAGGUGAAGGGUGUUAUGGGGUUAUCAAGUGAGGACCAGAAACUGUCGUCAGAUGUUAUGGCUGUUUUUUAAAAUGCAAAUUAAAUGUUAAAAUUCCUACCA